AUGGAGACCCGCAUAGAUCCUAGCUUUCUUUGUAAAAUGUUUUACUACUUAGGUUUUGAUGGUUAUCUUUAUUCUGAGAAUCAAGGCUAUGUUGGGGGGAUUGUUAUGGGUUGGAAAAGUGAUCUUCUUCAACUCAUUCUCCUGCAAAAGCACUUUCAAUUUUUGCAUGUGAGAGUUUACAGUGGGGAUGAAGCUUCUUGGAAUCUUACGGCUGCUUACGCUAGUCCCAAGCCUAAACGGAAGAAGGAAUUAUGGCAAAAGCUCAUAAAGGUAGAUACUAAGUAUGAUAUUGGUUGGGUUUUAGGUGGGGAUUUUAAUGAUAUCAAGGAUAAAUAUGAGAAACAUGGUGGUGUCCCCCUCUUGGAUAAGAAGCGAUCCUUGUAUGAUAGAUUAAAUGAGUGCAAGCUUUUUGAUGUUGGUGCUACAGGUCAUAAAUUCACCUGGCGUGGUGUUAUUGGUCAUGGAGGUAUGCAUGUCUUUGAAAGGUUGGAUAUGGAUAUUAGUAAUGAUAUAUGGCGGUUGCAAUUUCCUGAUUCCUUUCUUAGGGUGCUCAAUAGAAUAAAUUACUCUGAGCAUCAUCCAAAUCUUGUUUCUCUUUAUGAGGACCAACAAAAAUCUAUGGCGAAGGACUUGUUCUUGGAUUAUGGAAAAUUCCUUCAAGUUUAUGAUGUUGGCUGCCUGGAAGCCUGA